GUGAAUCCCUUUGUAUGUGUGUAAUUUCAAAUUUAUGAAAAACAAUACUAAUGAUGUGUAUUUUUACUAAGACAUAAUUAUACAAUUAUUACAUUCUACGUAUACUGGUAUGUGAUGUUUGUAUAUUAUUUAUUUCAAGAUUAAUGAACUACAAUAUGAGGAUUCCAUAGGUACGGUGUUAAAAAACAUGCGGAUCUUCUGGGGUUUCUUAAUACAGAAAUGGUAGCAUUGAAAAUUGCAGGAUUCUACCCCCUAAGAGGAAACAAAUACAAACACUUGCACACGAUAUCAGCAACUUAUUUUCUGAGUAUUACAAUAUUAUAUAUUAUUCUUGCUUGCAUACACAGCUUUCUGAAUUUAACCAAUAUAACUGAACUUUCUGAAACCGUUACGUUCCUUAUGACGAUACUGGCGUACUUGGGCAAGAUACUGAAUUUGUUUUUCUACAGAAAGAAUCUAAUCAAACUGGAAGAUAUGUUGCAGAAUCCAAUACUUACCAAACUCGAGACAGAAGAAGAAGAAAAUAUAUUGAAACGUAACUUCAGAUACUCUAGACUCUUCACAAAUAUUUUUAAAGCAAAGUCAGCCACAGCUGCUUCAGUUCACGCUGUGUAUCCAUUGCUUGGAGACUAUGGUUCUAAAAAUUUCUUGUUUUUGCUUUGGUUUCCCUUUGAUCCAAAGGACUACUACAUUCCAGUGUAUUUUUUUGAAAUGACUUUGCUUUUAAGUUCUACUUGGUUUGAUAUCACGAUGGACACUUUGAAUAUAUUGAUGAUGGACCUCUGCGCGACGCAAUUUGAAAUACUCAAGAAGAGGUUAAUACGCAUUGGAACUAGUUUUACUGGAGAUGAAGCAAUAGACGACAAACUGAGGCUACGAAAGUUAAGAAAAUAUAUUAUUCAUCACAACUAUAUAUACAGUUGUUCCGAAUUAGUACGAGAUACAUAUUCAAUUGGAGAAUUCUGUCAAGUCGGCUGUAGUGUUAUGGUAGUUUGCUUUGGUCUGUUUAAGCUGUUAAUUAUCCCCCUGAAGAGCGCCCAGUUCCUGAUGUUGGUUACGUAUUCUACCACCAUGAUAUAUCAAAUUUCACUGUAUUGUUGUUAUGGUCAAAAACUUUUGAACGCGAGCGAUACUGUAACUGAAGCUUGCUACAUGUCUAGAUGGAACGAUUGCAGCACACAAGUUCAAAAGUAUUUGGCUAUGAUUAUGAAUAGAGCAAACACACCUUUCUUAAUGAAAGCUGGUGGAAUAUUUUCAUUAACUCUGGAAACCUUAAUGACAAUAUACACAUCAGCUUAUUCAUUUUUCGCAAUCCUCUGGAAAGUUUACCAUUCUGAAGACCAAGCAGCUUAAAUGACUAAACAAAUAAUACAUAUUCCGCGAUGGAACACAUUUUCUACACCUUACACAAAGUAGCUUUUAGUGUAUGUCAAGCUAACUUGACGUAUCAUGGAAUUAGUAAAACAAUACUUUCCUGAAGCAGCAAACAUUUAUAUGAUUGUAUUUUAAAUGCACUUCAUUGCACCAUAAUUAGUUUUAGGUGUUCAUCACUGCUGAU